AUGAGACAACAGGAGCAGAUACUCCGUUUUCCGAGAUAGUUCAGUACUUACCAAUAAAUUUUCUAAACUGUGUAAGAUUCUGGAUCUCGCGUUGUACAGAGACAGCCGAAUCCUUCGAUCGGCGCUUGGGCCGUCUGGCUACAGCGAUAUACCCACCAACUCAUUCUGCACAUAGGGGAUGGUCCACGCCAGACAUGGACUAUUUAACAAAUGCGUAUCACUUUACGCCUUGACUUCUAUCCAGGUAGGUUGAUAUCGCCUAGCGUCAUCAUGGAGCCCAUCGCUAUCGUAGGAUUCUCUUUCAAGCUCCCACAGGGAAUCGAGGACCUUUCGGGCCUUUGGGAAACUCUAGAAGGUGGUAAAAACGUUAUGACACCCUGGCCUGAGGACCGAAUUAAUAUCGAUGGUUUCUACAGCAUGGAUUCAUCGCAGAUAAACAGGCUUCAUUCGACGGGAGGGCACUUCCUUAACGGGAAACUUGGCGAGUUUGACGCCCCCUUUUUCUCUAUGAACUCCAAGGAGGCUGCAGCAAUGGAUCCCCAGCAGCAAAUCCUCUUAGAGACAUCGUACAGAGCACUAGAGAACGCUGGAAUCUCUUUGGGUAAAGUGGCUGGGACGUCCACGGGUGUCUUUGCGGGGUCUAUGGCGGAUGACUACUCGCGAACUGUAUCCAAGGACCCCGACGAAGCGGCCGUCCACGCCGCUACGGGUCAGGCAAUGGCUAUGCUGGCCAAUCGCAUAAGUUGGUAUUUCGACUUAAAGGGACCCAGUGUCCAGGUCAACACGGCGUGCUCCUCGAGUAUGAUUGCCGUAGAUUUGGCUUGCCAGUCUCUACGGACAGGACAAAGUUCUCUGGCACUCGUCGCGGGGUCUAGCGUUAUGUUGGGUCCAGAGAUGUCCAUUUACCUAACAAAUAUGAAUGUCCUAUCGCCGGAUAGCUUAUGCUAUAGUUUCGACCACCGGGCUAACGGCUACGCUAGAGGAGAGGGUGCCAUCGUAUUUGUGCUGAAGUGCCUAACCGACGCCGUCACAGACGGUGACAUGAUCCGAGCUGUGAUCCGAGCUACCGGGUCGAAUCAGGACGGCCAUACGCCAGGAAUCUGGCAGCCGAGUAGUGAGUCUCAGGAGGAGUUGAUUAGGACCGUUUAUAGAAGCUGUGGUCUCGGAUUUGAGUCGACGCAUUAUGUUGAAGCUCAUGGGACUGGAACACAACUUGGUGACUCGAGCGAGGCGAAAGCUCUAGGUCGAGUGUUCAAAAGCAGCCGCUCUUCCGGAAGCCCGUUAUAUAUCGGGUCCAUCAAAGCCAAUAUUGGGCACCUGGAAGGUGGAAGCGGGCUCGCCGGCAUGCUCAAGAGCAUUGUAAUCCUCGAGAAAGGCGUCAUUCCACCAAACGCCUUGUUUGAGAAGUUGAACCCAAAAAUCAAUGCAAAAUCGCUAAAUAUUCAGGUUCCGACAUCAUGUAUUCCAUGGCCAUCAUGUGGUCUUCGUCGCAUCUCGGUCAAUUCUUUCGGUUUUGGCGGGUCCAAUGGCCACGUAAUUCUUGACGACGCUUAUCAUUGCCUUCGAGAGUUGGGCCUCAAAGGAAAUUGCCGGACUCAAGUACAGCUGCAGCUGCACCCGAACGGUGAUGGUUCACUAUCGACCUCGCCCGAGGCGGGCUCCAUAUACAAGGUUCUUGUAUGGUCAGCAAAAGACGAAGGGACCCUCAAGAGAAUGUUUCAGCGACACGCCAGAUACAUAGAAUCACGAAAACCAAACCCGAACCAGCUUGCUUAUACUCUCUCCGAGAAGCGGAACCGGUUGACAUGGAGAUCAUUCGCCGUUGUGAAGGUAGGUACGCCAAGUCUUCCGCCCAAGGUACCUUUUUUCCGUUCCUCCCGAGACGUAGGUCUCGCUUUCGUCUUUACUGGCCAAGGUGCGCAGUAUGCGGGAAUGGGGCUGGAAUUGCUUGUAUACUCGGCCUUUAGGUCUGCAUUUGAGAGGGCAGAUACAGCUUUUCGUGAUUUGGGGGCCUCUUGGUCAUUAUAUGACGCCAUGCAGGAACAGGACAAGAUCAACGACCCCCAGCUUAGCCAACCAUUGGGUACAGCUUUACAGCUUUGUCUUGUCGAGCUUCUCAAGAGUUUCUGCGUAGUCCCAGCGGCAGUCGUCGGCCAUUCCUCUGGUGAAAUUGCGGCAGCAUAUACAGCUGGCGCUAUUUCUUUCCAGUCCGCCUGCAGAAUAGCAUACCAUAGAGGUAGGCUAGCUGCACAAUUAGCUACCGAAACGUCCCGACCCGGGGCUAUGAUGUCGGUUAAUUUGCCGGAAGGGCACGUGCAGUCUUACUUGGAUAAACAUGAUAUAGGAAAUGAUCAUAUCCACGUGGCUUGCGUCAACAGUCCUUCGAAUGUUACUCUUUCUGGAGAUGAAAAGCUUAUCGACAAAAUAAAGCAUUACCUAGAUCAAGAAAAUACUUUUGCUUGGAAGUUGGCGACGAGGGUCGCUUAUCAUUCCCCUGCUAUGCAAGAGAUCGCUUCUGAGUAUCGUUCUUGUCUAGGGGCCUUGGAAAACCAGGAUGGUGAGGCUUAUGAUAUUCUCAUGGUAUCUACUAUCACUGGCGAGAAGGUCUCGAGGAGCCAAUUAUCUAACAGCCAAUAUUGGGUGGAUAACCUAAUAUCACCAGUUCGCUUCUCGGAUGCGCUGCAAUACCUCGAGAUUGCGGCGCCCCGAGCUGACGGCCUUAAACCCUUAUCUAUCUAUCUCGAAAUUGGGCCCUCCGGAUCCCUCCGCAAGCCUGUAUGCGACACAGUAGGGUCCGUCAUAGCGGGCAGAAACGUCGAAUACAUAUCUACACUAUCAAAGGACAAUUCUCCUCUGAUGGCGGUCUUGAAUAUGGGUGGUCAGCUCUUUGCUCGUGGUUAUCCCGUAUGUCUCACGGCAGCAAACCAGCAAGAUAAAGACUCCAGUCAACCAUUCCUGGCUGACGUACCAGAAUACCCAUUUGACCAUUCCCAAACAUACUGGCGUGAGACCCGGUUGAGUCGAGACUGGCGUCUGCGUGAGACAGCACCAAAGUUUCUUGGUUCCCGCACCACGGACUGGAACCCGCUCGAGCCACGUUGGCGCUUGAUGCUGAGUGUCGAGGAUAUACCAUGGAUUUCCCAUCAUGUGGUCGGCGACGUCCCCUACUUCCCUGGUACUGGCAUCUUGAUAAUGGCAUUGGAAGCAGUUAAGCAAAAAGCGCAGGCGCACCAGGAAAUAAUUGGAUUUGUUGUCAAAGAGAUUACAUUCAUAAGCCCAAUCGUGGUGCGACCUGAAAGCAAGACCGAGGUCAUAACGCAAUUACGUCCACUGCAGCAAUGGUAUGAAAAAUCGAAUGCGCGUUUUGAAGUACGCAUAUUCGCUUGCGUAGACAGCUAUUGGAACGAGUGUUCUAGUGCUAUCAUUCGCGUUGAAUAUGCUCAGGAUAUUGCCGAUAAAGUAAAUGGUGAGCGCGAAGUUUACGCUGCUGCACAGGCUUCCGUUCAAGCCUUUGAAAAUGCGAAGCGAACGUGUAUCAAGCCGGUAAAGACGUCUGACUUUUAUAAAUGGCAUGCUAAGCAGGGCCUCAAGUAUGGCCAGUCUUUUUCCUUAACCGAAGGAAUCUUCUGGGAUGGUAGUGAGCUUGGAAUCGGACAUAUUGAUCUGGCGUCGGCCGAGCCUUUUGACGACGGCAUUGCUCAUCCGGGGGUCCUCGAUUGUGCAUUCCAAGUGGCUUUCACCGCGGCCUCACAUGGCAUGACCAAACGCCUGCCGACCAUGAUACUUCACAAACUGGAAGAUGUUUGGAUCUCGCCGACUGGCUGGCAGUAUCCUAACACACGGCAGAUACGAGUUCUAAGUAGAUCGAGACUCAAGGCAGGUGUGAUGGGCGCCGAUUGUUCUUUUACUAUAUUAAGCGAUGAUGGUAUGCCUCUUUGCCGUAUUAAGAAAAUCGAGAUGCUGCCGGCGGGGACGCGAGGUGGCAUAACAAAGAACGUCGGCGAGAACAAGCUCUUCCAUAGCAUUGUAUGGAAGCCGCAGCUCUCGGAAUUGAACCGGUCCCAGCUGCAGAACUACUGUAAAGACUUCAAGUCUUUCUUGCAACUGACCUCACAUGAGACUCCUAGUCAAAGGCUGCUCGAGAUAGGCAGCGGUUCCAGAGACACGAUGGAUCGCAUACUCUCAAUACUGAAUGAGGUCGAAGAGAGCAUAGGGGGUAUUGCGUUUUCUGAGUACUGCUAUACUGAAGCCUCGGAGGCCCCGGUAAAAGAUGUUCGCGAGGAAUACACAACAAAUUACCAGUCGGACCGACUAAGUUUUGCAACCUUUCAUAAAGAAAAUGAUAUUAAUAGCCAAGGGUUGGAACAGGGUGCAUACAGUAUCGCUUUUUUCUCUGGAGAAGAUGUGUCAUGCAACACAGAUACAAGAGACCUAGCCUCUUUCAUGCGCAGCAUACGUCGGGCUUUGAAACCUGGAGGUUACCUUGUAAUCCACGGCGUUCCAGAUACAAACACCCCCAGGGACUCUUGCAACGAACAGAGCCCCCUAAUUGGAGAAGCUGCAACGAGGAAGCUAGACUGGGGAGUUUUGUUGGACACUGCUGGGUUUUCCAGUAUUUUCAUGGCCGUCCCAGGUCUUGGAAAUGGCAACGCGAUAAUCUCAGAUGCAGUUGAAGAGCCUGCCACGAUGGAAGGGCCCGAGAGUCUUCUGAUUAUAGACGAUCAAAAUGAAUACCAAAAGAAUAUAGCAUCAUUCUUAUUGACGACGACGCUCUUCAAAAAAGCCGAGCUUCUUUCUCUUGCACAGCUGGCCACCAAACUCGCCAAGAAUAGCCUGCCAAGGUCGCUCGUUUUUCUCGCUGAGUUGGGCAAAUCAUUAUUGGCACAGAUUCCCGAAAGUCUCUUCACGCCUGUUCGAAAACUGAUACAAAGCGCGUCUAACAUACUUUGGAUAACGUCUACCGACUAUUCUAGGCAAGGCCACUCGCCGAUACCUCUCUCAGGGGCCAGCAAUGGUUUUCUCCGCGCGAUUCGUACAGAGUAUUCUGGCAAGCGUAUCGUUUCCCUUUCCCUGGAAGGAGAUAACGAGGUUUGUUCCGCUCAGGAAGCUGCCGUGUACAUCACCCAGGCUUUCACAUCGGGCUUUACUGCAGCAAAGCCAGAAGUCGAGUACGUAGUCAAGAAUGGAGUCUUCUACACGGGUCGGCUAAUCAGCGAGACGACCCUCGAUGAGAAGCUUGUCGUGAAUGGCAACAACGAAUCUAGCAACGCAGGACCGAAACUCGUAAGAACAGAAGAAUUGUCCUCCGGCCCUGCCCUAAAGGUCGAAAUUGAGAGCCCCGGGUCGCUCGAGACACUUAGGCUGAUACAAGAUGACAGCUUCGAUGGUAAUCUUAGCCCAGGAGAAGUCGAAAUUCAGGCGAAAGUUUGGGGCCUUAGUUUCCGGGAUGUAUUUAUUGCCUUAGGUCGGCUGGAAGAGGACGAUUUCGGGCUAGACUGUGCUGGUAUUGUCACCCGAGUCGGGCCGCAGUGCGACCUGUUUCGACCAGGGGACCGAGUGUGUAUGGCUGCCAUCGGAUGCAUGCGGAUGUAUCCGCGUGCUGACCAGGGCAGCAUCGCCAAAAUACCUAAAAACAUAGGGUUCGCGCACGCAUGCGCUGCUGUUAGCCCAGGCCUUACAGCAUGGAGGGCCUUAGUUGACAUAGCCCGCAUACAAAAGGAUGAUAAGGUCUUGAUACACGCAGCUUCGGGAGGCAUUGGCCAAUUCGCUGUGCAGAUAGCAAGGCAUUUCGGGGCCGAAAUUUUUGCCACCGUGGGUUAUGACUACAAAAAGCAACUUCUCGUAGAAACGUACGGGAUCCCGGAGGACCAUAUAUUUUAUAGUAGGAACACGAGCUUUGUCGAGAGCAUAAGCCUCCUUACUAAUGGGUAUGGCGUUGACAUUGUCUUGAACUCGUUAGUAGGCGAAGGCCUGCGCGCCUCCUGGGAGUGUAUAGCUCCUUACGGACGGUUCGUUGAGAUUGGAAAGGCUGACAUCCAUUCGAACUCCCAACUCCCCAUAGCUCAACUCGGAAAAAACGUGACCUUUGCCGCCGUCGAUAUUCGCCACAUAUUGCUUCAUAGGCAAGAUAUUGCUUCCGAGUUGAUGCGUAAAACGAUGAAUCUCGUAACCGAGGGAGUUUUUCACGCGCCAACGCCAUUACACUCGUAUAACGUAUCUACCCUAGAAGAAGCCUUUAGGUAUUUCCAAAGUGGGAAAAAUACAGGGCGAGUCAUUAUUGACCUUGACCCCUCUUCCUUGGUUGAGAAACAUCUCUCUACGCCCCGUAUGACAUGGACCUUUGACAGCAAUGCGUGCUAUGUUAUUGCUGGUGGCUUGGGCGGGAUUGGGCGGUCUGUACUCAAGUGGAUGGUCCAGAAGGGAGCAAAGUACCUAAUCGUACCCUCAAGAUCGGGAACCAAGCAUAGGUCCGUCGCUGCCGAGGUGGUGAAGGAACUUGCUCAGCAAGGCGUAGUCGUGUAUACGCCUCAAUGCGAUGUAUCUGCGGCAGAAGACCUAUCCCGUCUCCUUACAGAGUGCAACGAAACCUUACCCCGUAUAAAGGGAUGUAUAAACGCCGCCAUGGUUCUUAAUGACACCAUGUUCGACAAUAUGACCUAUUCCCAGUGGGAGAGGACAGUCCGAUCCAAGGUCCAGACCUCUUGGAAUCUCCACGUUCUCCUACCUAACGACCUAGACAUUUUUAUACUUCUUUCCUCUAUAUCCGGAAUCGUCGGAAAUCCCGGGCAGUCUAACUACGCCGCUGGCUGCGCUUUUCAGGACGCAGUAGCCCAGUACCGGACUCGCAAUGGCCAAAAGGCAUUGUCUCUUGACCUUGGUGUGGUUCGCGACGUGGGUGUCGUGGCUGAGUCCGAGGGUCUCCAAAAGAAGCUCACAUCAGGCCUUCGUGAAUCUCGUCCAGUUAGCGAGGGCGAGGUAUUGGCGUUUCUUGAUUUGUGCUGUGACCCAGAGCGCCCGCCUAGCCCCAGUCACAUCAUCAUGGGCCUCGGUGCGCCCGCCAACUUGCCAGAGGCCAUGCAAAGGCCUUUAUUUACUGCUCACGUUAACUCCUCCAGCGGGCAGGAGGGCAGUACGGCGAGAAGUAACGUUAACUACGGCGCCCGGUUCCGACGGGCCGAAUCGGCUGAGGAACGAGCUAGCAUCGUGCUUGAAUCUCUAGCUAAGAAGCUGGCACGGGCGCUGUCAAUCGAGUUAGAGGACAUUGACUCAAGUCAACCGCUUCACGUCUUUGGAGUUGACUCGUUAGUAGCCAUGGAAAUUAAAAACUGGAUUACUAAGGAGUUUUCGGCCGAAGUGGCCGUCUUUGAAUUAAUGGGAGGAAGAUCGGUGGCGGCAAUUUGUGAAUUGGUAACGCGAAUGAGCCCGAUUUAAAACAUGAUAAAGAUACGUAUGAACAGCGGACGAUAGCGCGAAAAGGGCCAAAUACCGUGCGCCGGUUUCAUAUAAACCGUUAAUAUGUUAAAACACAGUGUAUACUUGAGAUUUCUUAGGUUAUUAUGUCAUUUUUUUAAACCCAUUUUUAAUUAUCUCAGCGAGCUUAGACUAGUCCUUAAUACAUGUAACAGGUUAUAUUUA